GGGGGAGGGAGGGAGGGAGGGGGGGGCGUUUGUGUGUCAGACGGUAUUCCUGCUCGUCUCGCUCCACCGGUUGAGUUAAAUCAGAGGCAGUCACUGGCACGCUGCGGUGGUCUCUCUCUAUCUCUGUCCGUCCUGCUCUGAAAGCAUCAACAACCUCCGGGUUCGUCUCCACAGGACUCGCUGAGGCCCUCGCCCAAGGCCUGUAUCAGUCACCACAGACGCACCCUGCCGACACGGCCCCCUGUUUAAAAGUCCUAGGAUCUGGCACUAAAAAGGGAAAAUGCAGAAUCUAACGGCAGGAGCGACAGAAGGGAUAGCGCUGACAUGUGGCAUGUCUGGAAGCCAUGAAUUCAUCUUCACCCUGGUGCCCAUCGUCUACGGCUGCAACUUUGUCAUCGGCAUCGUCGGAAACAGCAUGGUGGUGGCUGUCAUCUACUGCUACACGAAGCUCAAGACGGUGGCCAACAUCUUCGUCCUCAACCUCGCCGUCUCCGACCUCACCUUCGUCAUCACGCUGCCCAUGUGGGCGACGUUUACCGCCACGGGGUACUACUGGCCCUUCGGAGGGUUCCUGUGCAAGGCCAGCGCAGGGCUGGUGAUUUUCAACCUUUACACCAGCAUCUUCUUCCUCACGGCGCUCAGCAUCGACCGCUACCUGGCCAUCGUGCACCCGAUGCGAUCGCGCCGCUUCCGCACCGUCAUGUACGCGCGCAUCACCUGCGUACUGAUCUGGCUCUUUGCUUUCGUGCUCAGCGUUCCCACGGCACUGACCAGGGACGUCCACGACAUUGAAAUCUCCAACACCACGGUGUGCGCCAUUCUGCACCCGAAAAAGGACCAGGUCAUGAGGUUGAAGGAGCUCCUCCUGGCCAUCGGCAUUAUGAAAAGCUUGCUGGGCUUCCUGAUACCAUUCGUCAUCAUCAUCACAUGCUAUUGCCUCAUCGGACGAGCUCUGCUGGGGGCGAAGCACAUCCAGAAAAGCUCCCGCUCCCGGGACGACGAGGCCCUGCUCAUGCUCACGGCGGCCGUCCUGGCCUUCUUCCUGUGCUGGGCGCCCCACCAGGUGUUCCACUUCAUGCAGUUGCUCACCCAGCUCACGCUGGCGGAGAACUGCGCCAUCCUGGAGAUCAUCGACACCGCCAUGCCCUUCACCAUCUGCAUCGCCUUCUUCAACAGCUGCGUCAACCCCAUCGUGUAUGGCUUCGUGGGGCGCAACUUCCGCAAGAACCUGCUGCGUCUGUUGCGCUGCUCGCCGACCGGGGCUCCCGGGGCCCACCCGAGCAUCACCUCCAAGAUGAGCGCGCUCUCUUUCCGAGCGUCAGAGGCGCUCAGCCUUACAGUCAAAAGCAAUGACUUGUCUGAUGUCAAGUGAUAAAAAAAAAAAAAAAAAAAAAAAAGAAGAAGAAGAAGAAGAAGAAGAAAGAAACGGUGGUAGGAUUUCACUCUCCGGACCCUUUUUGUCGGCGGUUAAGAGGCUGGAGAUGGAGACAUUCCUUGCUUUUGAAGCCCCAACUGUAUUACCAAGCACUGAACCAUGCAGAACGGUUUAAAUGUUCGUGUAAGACCAAAAUAUUACCUUGUACAAUGCUCCUUUGCAGGAUAAUUAUCCCUACCCAUCAAGUGUCUUAUAACGUUCUGGCAAAUUAAUGUCACUAAAUAAAUAAUUAUAAAAAAAAUAUUAAAAAAAAAUCCAGGAAUAAGUUAUAUUAAUUCAGCAUCGCCCUGCUGGAGAAGACUAUAUAUAAUUACUGAUCACUUAUUCCAUUAUUUAUAUGAUCUCUGCAUGUUCUGCAAGAUUUUGUCAGCGUCGUGCCUUAAUGAUACAGUGCAGUAAUAUAUUGUCCUGUGAUAAGCGUUCUGUGUGCUCAGCAGGUCUUUUACCAGUUGGAACAGUGAUCAAGUGCUCAGCGAAGAUGCUGGAGCUGAAAAGAAAAGAAAAAAACAAAAAACAAAACCCACGAGCAGCUGUAUACUUGGGAUGAUUUUAGAUGUGUAGCAAAUCGUCACGUACAGUAAAUAUCUGUAUUCCAUAUGGUAUUGUAAAAGGUGUGUCCCUCGUGAAAAAUGUAUAAUACGUGUUCGUAUAAUAAGAAGAACGGCUGAGAUGCUGCCAAGUCUGUAAGUAGCAUACUGUAAAAACUCACAAGCACUCCAGGUUGGGUGAUCCUUGUUCAUGUCUCUGGUGGUUGUCUUUGUGGUAUUUAAACAUGUUUUUUUUGUUUUGUUUUUUUGUUUUUUUCUACUCUGUAUGUGUACAUUUUGUGAAUAUAUGAAAAUAGAAAUAAAAUUUAAAGAUCA